CGAUCCACCAUCGACGGACUGUCAUCUGGCCAUGCAUCAUCUGUGUUCCCUCGAGCGAUGCGCUGGAGCGUCAGACGUGUCCGUGGUCUGACAGGCCCUUGAUCCGAUCUGCCGCCUGCAUUGGCCGCACGGCGGGGGUUCGACCUUCUCUUCUCUGCCUGCAUCCACCAUCGCCGCCAGUCGACCUCCCCUCGAGAUGGAUCAUCGAUCCGGCCGACUGCUCGCCCACGCCGACGCAUUUCCACCGUCGUCCUCUGCUUUGCCACGCCGGCGCUGGUCGCAGCUCAACCCGCUGCAUGCCUCCCCCGUCGUCGACACUGUCCGACCUCUGCAGCAGACGCAUCCCUAUCGCCAUGGCCAUGAUCCGGAUUCCGCUCCGGCUCUAGAUGAGUCUUCGCGCGCACAUCGUACCACGGCGCUACGUCAGCUGAAUGGCAUUAACCCCAGGCCCGCUGCCCCCUCCUGGUCCUGGAAGAGCCAUCGCCGACCACCCCCAACUACUACUACUCCUCCUCCUCCUCCUGCAUCUCGCCCCGCGACCUUGUCCUCGCCCUCGCCCUCCCAGCCCGUCCUGGUCCGGGCAUAUUCCGGCGGCCCUCAUGAUCCCUCCGCCACGACCACGAUGCCUUCGCGGCGCUCGUUCCCCUUCAUCACCGGCUCCCGGUCGGGGAGACAGAGGCGCGCCCCUGCCCUCCCAUCGGAAGAGGACUUCAGCAUCGACAGCAUCCUGCGCGCCAUUGAGCCCAACAUCCGGCAUACGCUCGACUCCAUCGGAGAGAUAUGCGGCCGCAGCAGGCUCAGUCUGGCCAACGAAUACGGCAGCCAUAUCGCUCCGUUGGGGGAGAUCCGCGCCCCGGGCGGUCUGGUGACCGUCGACGAAGCCAGCUCGGACCAUGAGCGCCAGGCUGCCAACGUGGCUAUCUACGAUGACGAGACCAGUCUGACCGAUGGGCGCGAUCACUCAUCGUUCUCUCACUACCGGUACCGGGACACCUCCGGGCAGGCCGCCACGGGGCGGAUCCCGCCUUCUGGCGAUGCCUCGUCCGCCCAGGCGCAACCUAUCCCUACCACCCCGCGAGCUGCAGCGGCAUUGGAACUCGCAGUCGCAACAGACGAGUCUCUCGGCUCGCUCCCCACGACGCGAGAAUUCGCUUCUCAACCGCGCUCCUCGGGUCGGACCCUCCUGGGAAAGCAGGGUAGAUCCGACAUGCAGGACCGCCCCCAGAGCAUCUCGACCCCGGCGCUUGUGUCGGAGAUCCUGCUUGACGCUCAGGCGGAGGGCCGCCGCUCCGGGCAACCUGGUUCGUCGCCGCGAGACACUCCCCAUACCUACCGUCCCCUCAGUCUGGGCGCCUCGGCCUUGCUCCUCGGCUGGCUCAGGCCAGCUACGGUAGCUAGCGGGCCGGAGGGGAAGCAGGCAACGGCCGAGAUGCAGCUACGAGCCAUGUUGGGACGAUACGAAAGUACUGCCACUGCGUGAUGAUAUCUGACAUGCAACUGAAUGAUUGAUGAUAUGAACAUAUACAGCUGCUAGCCGUUAUGAUAUUUAUGAUAGCUACUACGACAAUUAUGAUAUACGAUGACUCUUACAGCCCUACCUACCCACACCCCAGCAUCUUAACGACCCGUACCAAUGAACACAACGCAAGUCUAAAUGAAC